CCAUGCCGGAUGUUUUCAGUGAGUAAAAUGUUUUCGUACUGGUUGCUACUUCUGUGUUGUGGUGGCCUUGUGGCUGGGGAGGAGCUGCACUAUGCCACAUCGACACGGCACCUGGCCUUCCUGCUCCAGGUGGAGGAUGAGCUGCUGGCGCUUGUGCGUCAGUAUGCGGCGAAGCUGCAGCAGAAGGUGCACACGAUGAGAGUGCUGCAGGCCGAGUGGAUGGUCAGAAGAGUGGAGGCCAGAGCAGAUCCUGUCAGCUACGUGGCCAAUCCUCUGAGAAGUCUGCCCCUGAUGCGCAGGAUGCACGAGGAUGCGAGCAAGCUGCUGGACUUUGCACGCCUCGAUGUUGGUCAGGGUGACCCUUUGAAACAGCUGGCGGAGUACGAACUGGGUGCGAUCACCGAACUGGAUCUCAAAGAGGCGUCCAGUGGAUUGCUGCGCAUGCAGCAGAUCUACGAUAUGGAUGAGAGGGACAUGGCACGUGGAAAGCUGCGCCACAAGCAAUACAAUUCCAGAUUGAGCGCCGCAGAUUGUCUGGCAUUGGGCGCACAUCUGGAAGAUCAGCAGAGGGGACCUCUGGCCAGCAGGUGGCUGGAAGUGGCCCUGGAGCAGUACGAGGACAAGUGGGAGCCCAUUCACAGGCUCCUGCAGACGGGACGCUCUCAGAUCUGGCAGCAGCUGGGCCUGACGCGAAUCAUGACACACGAUCUCCACGGUAGCCAUGCUGCCUUCACAAAGGCCGUGGAGCUGGCCAGCGAGGGGGAGGACGUGGCGAUCGCUCGCCAUCUGGCCGACAACCUGGGCCACCAAUUUGUGCACCAGCGCAACUGCCAGGGCAGGAGCGGACUGCCAGUGCAAUCCUCGCUGCGCUGCCACUAUGCCGCCGAGGGAUCCGCAUUCCUGCGCCUAGCCCCACUCCGGAUGGAGCAACUCAGCCUGGAUCCCCUGGUGGCCAUCUACCACGAGGUCGUCUCUGCCGCCGAACAGCAGGAUCUGAUGCACCUAAGUCGAGCCCAGCUGAAGCGCCAUCGGGGCGAACGGUACGACAAUGUUCGCACAUUUGCGAGUGCUGAGGUGGCCGAAAAUGCCACGCCCACUGUGCAGCGACUACAUCGACGGCUGGAGGAUAUUACAGGACUCGAUCUGGCAGCCAGCGAGCCGCUGAGAGUCUUGAACUACGGCAUUGGGGGGCAGUACUACAUCCACGAAGACUGCGUACAGCCACAGCCGCACGUGGAACCCUUUCCGAAGGAGUACCGCCUGGCCACCGUUCUGCUAUACCUCAGUGAUGUACGCCUCGGCGGCUACACAUCCUUUCCCGUUCUGGGCCUGGGCAUCAGGCCCAGCCGCGGCUCUGCCCUGGUCUGGCACAAUGCGAAUAAUGCCGGCAACUGUGACUUUAAAGCGCUGCACGCUGCCUGUCCCGUGCUGCUUGGCACACGAUGGGUCGCCAGCAAGUGGAUCAGUGGGUCAGGCGGCCAGUGGCGCGGGAAACCCUGUCGGAUGUGAGGGAUACACACACACACACACACACACACACACACACACACAAUUCCAUUCAGCUUUUCCUUCUUGUUUGACUUUUUGUAUUUAAUUUUUUUGUUGUCUUCUUUUUUGCGAUAAUUUAUUCAAUAAUUUUGUCGUUAUUUAUAUUAUGAUAAUAAAUUUUAUGCACUA